AUGGCGAGAAGCAGUGCCCAUUCGGCCUCCGUCCUUCAUGACAUCCAUCAAAGACAGCGAGCCGAUGGCCCCGCGGCCAUGCUGGGCAUCGGCACGGCAAACCCGACGAACUGCGUGCUACAAGACCAGUUCGCCGACUGGUUCUUCCGCGUCACCAAGAGCGAGCACCUCGCCGAGCUCAAGGCCAAGACGAAGAAGAUUUGUGACAAAUCAGGCAUCACGAAGCGCUAUUUCUACCACACCGAGGAGAUCAUCAGCGGCCACCCGGAGUUGAUCGACGGCGCGCUGCCGUCGCUCACAACGCGGCUGGGCAUCAUCGAGGACGCUGCGCCCAAGCUCGCAGCGGAGGCAGCAACAAAGGGCGAUCGCGGACUGGGGCCGGCCGGCGGCCGGCAUCACGCACCUCGUGGUGGCCACCAACUCCGGCGCCAGCGAACCUGGCGCCGACCUGCGCCCUUGCGGGGCUGCUGGGCCUCCGCCCGACCGUGCGCCGCACCCUGCUGUACCUCCACGGCUGCUCCGCCGGUCUCGUCGCGCUCCGCGUCGCCAAGGACAUCGCUGAGAACAACCGCGGCGCCCGCGUGCUCGUGGCCUGUGCUCAGGCCGAACUCUUGUUGUUCUGCCCCCCCGGACGAAUCCCGCCUCGACGUUGUCAUCGCCAUGACCCUGUUCAGCGACGGCGCUGGCGCUGUCAUCGUCGGCGCCGACCCGGCAAGCAGCCCCAUGGCCAUGGAGCGCCCCAUCUUCCACAUGGUGCCCACGCUUGUCCAAGGCAGCAUAAACAAGUGCUUAGCUGACACGCUGGCACCACUAGGCCUCUUGAACGCGAGCGACGGUGGCUGGAAUGGGCUCUUCUGGGCGCUGCACCCAGGCGGCCGUGCGAUCUUGGACAGCUACGAAGCCGCUCUCGGUCUGGAGCCGGGGAAGCUUGCGGCCAGCCGGCACGUGCUAAGUGAGUACGGCAACAUGAUGGGCGCGACGAUCAUCUUUGUUCUCGACGAGAUACGGCGGCGCCGCCGCCGCUGCCACGAUGAUAGGAAGGAUUGCCAGUGGGGUGUCAUGUCGGGGCUCGGCCCCGGACUCACAAUCGAGACAAUUGUGUUGCAUGUCACCGACAGCCAGGACGAAAACUAG